UUCAGUUGAUUGCCAACCGACAAUAAAGCUUAGAGGAAGAAGCAGCAGCGAACAGGUAAGAUGAACGCGCCUCCCGCUUUCGAGUCGUUCCUGCUGUUCGAAGGGGAGAAAAAGAUCAGCAUCAGCAAGGACACCAAAGUCCCGAACGCCUGCCUGUUCACGCUGAACAAGGAGGACCACACGCUGGGCAACAUCAUCCGAGCUCAGCUGCUGAAGGACCCUCAGGUUCUGUUUGCUGGUUAUAAAGUUCCUCAUCCUCUGGAGCACAAGAUCGUCAUCAGAGUGCAGCCUGGUGGGUCCCUUCACCUCCGGUGUCCACUGUCUGGUUCGGGGGUCGCCACCACAACAGGUACCGAGUACCUCGCAGCUCCUUGCAGCAGCUUCAGCAGUGUAGGUGCUGAAGCUGGUUCAUUGGGACUCAAUGUCCUCAGUGUCCCUCAGAAAGCUGUCAAAGGUCUGAUGGAGGUGUGA